CCUUGUAAAAGUUUAAAAUUCAGCAGAUCAUUAAUUCUUGUCUCUUGGCCAAAACAAAUCGCUGGUCAUUGAAUUCWCUCCUUCAAAUACCCAUUUUAGAAUAUCUGGAUAUCCUUAAUUGCUAACAGCUACGGAAGAAGAGGAAAAAUACUUCAUAAAUUUAUCCAUAAUUUAAGAAAAAAAAUUUAGGAUGAAAAUUGUGCUGGGGUGAAACUGAGACAUGGAACUUCAUUUUAAAACGAAAGGGAUUUUCCUCAUAACAUUUUUUAUCAUUGCUGUCUUCGUUCUUAAAGGAUAUGCCGUGGAAUGCUUUGCUUGUGGAAGUGACAACUCGCUAGACGAAUGCCAUGGGCGAAUAAAAAAGAUCACAUGCCCAAAUGGGUUUGACCGCUGCCUCAAAGCAAACUGGACCGCGGCCUUAUUUGGAGACAUAAGUGAAGGUUUUCUCCUAGGCUGUGCACGUUCUACGAUGUGUAAAUGGCAAAACUAUACAUACUGUACACAGACUUCCGGUAAAAUUUCUUGUGGGAUACACUGCUGUGAGAAUAACUUCUGUAACGSGGGCUCAAUUCCUGGCUUGAGUUUAACGUUUACUAUCUUCGUUGUUAUUUUGAGUAUAUUUUUAUCGGUUCGAUAAUUUUAGAU